GGGGCGAGCGGGGCCGUGUGGGAGCGCGCCGGUGUCCGCCAGCCGCCGUCGGAGCCAGUCCCCGGGCCCAGCCUCGCCAGCGCCCCCGGCUCGUCCGCUCCCCGCCGCCACCAUGCUGGCGCUACUCUCCCGGCUGCUGGACUGGUUCCGCUCGCUCUUCUGGAAGGAGGAGAUGGAGCUCACCCUGGUGGGGCUGCAGUACUCGGGCAAGACCACCUUCGUCAACGUCAUCGCGUCAGGUCAAUUCAGUGAAGAUAUGAUUCCUACUGUGGGCUUCAACAUGAGAAAAGUCACAAAGGGUAAUGUUACAAUAAAGAUUUGGGACAUAGGAGGGCAGCCGCGGUUCCGAAGCAUGUGGGAACGAUACUGCAGAGGAGUGAAUGCCAUUGUCUACAUGGUAGAUGCUGCAGAUCGGGAGAAAAUAGAAGCCUCUCGAAAUGAGCUGCACAACCUUCUAGAUAAGCCCCAGUUACAAGGAAUCCCUGUUCUAGUACUUGGAAAUAAGAGAGACCUUCCCAAUGCUUUGGAUGAGAAACAGCUAAUUGAAAAGAUGAACCUUGCUGCUAUUCAGGACAGAGAAAUCUGCUGCUACUCAAUUUCUUGCAAAGAGAAAGAUAAUAUAGAUAUCACGCUUCAGUGGCUUAUUCAGCAUUCAAAAUCUAGAAGAAGCUGAAGUCUUCCUGGAGUCUCCAGUACCAGUUGGCCAUAAUCUCAGUUGUCCAUUUCCCUCCAUGAUGAGAUAUUGCCUCCCCCCUCCCCUCUUCCC